UGGGUCUGUGUACAUUUGUCCCUGUAGCUGUCGGUGACUACAGCUAGGUGCAUAUUUGUGUGUUCUCAGUAUCUGUCCAUGCACGUGUGUAUGUAUGACACAGUCGCUGAGAGAGCCUCUGUAAACAUGCACGAUUUUGUGUGCAAGUGUGUGUCUGAGUGGACCUGUGUCUCUCUGUACACCUGUGUGUCUCCACACCUGUAUAUGUGUGUGUGUCCUCCCACAGGUGCUGUGGUUGGGAUGGUCAGCUGUCAACCCUGGCUCCUCACCUGCCCAGAUUUCUGUCACCUUCAUGCCCACCUAUACUGAGUGGCAGCCAAGAAGGGUUCUAAUGGGAGGGACAGCCUUGGCCCUCAACCAGCCCUGCUCAGUGCUGAGGCCCCUGUUGAGGGGAGGUUUCAGGAGGGGUUGGAAGGUUGUGUCUAUUCCCAGUGUGGCCAAGAAACAAGGCCUGGUGAGAAGCUAGGAGCCCAAUUCUGGACACAUUGACAACAGGCUUUGCUCUGAAAAACAAACCAACACCCAGCUUCAGAGGGGGAAAAAAAGAAAAUUUGAACUGGAACCACAAACCAGCAAUGAUCCUGUGGGCCUUCAGCUGAGAGGGGUGGGGUCAGGUAGGGGUGUUGACCCCAUAUACCCACACUCAUCUCCUCCAGAAAGCAGGGCCAGUUCCCCAAACAGACGCUGGCCUUCCCCCAGGGACAGGCAGUGGAGACACAGUGGUCCCAGGGUCACACUGGACUUGGAGUUAAUCAUCUACUCAGGGUAUCCCCAGGCCCCAUUGGCUGCCUGGGGACACGGCCCUCUGGGCUGAAACCCAAAGGAGGGGGAAGCAGCUCUCCAGCCAGUGUCUGCCCCACCAGCCCAGGAGAAAUGAGGCUGAUGCUGUUGGCUACUGAAAUGGUUGGUCCCUCAGGAAGGCCCCAGCCUGAAGAGGAAGACACCAGCUCUGCCCUUAGGGAGCCCCAGUCGGAAGGGAGAGGCCAUCCUUGCCCUCACAGAGGCCCCGAGUUGGCAGGAGGCGGGGCUCAGCCACAGCUGGGGGAAAAGGGCCUGGAAGGGGCAUACAUUUAGGUUGGAAGGAGUGACAAGGGGCCUGGGCAGAGGCAGACACUCAGAGCAGCAAUGGCAGGAGAGACGGAGAAGGAGGAAUCCUGAGUGGAGAGGGGCCAGGAAGUGGGCGCUGUGAUGGAGAGGGGCUCGGACAGAGAGACGGGGAACAGGAAGCACGCGAGGUUGGGGGCUGAGGGCAGAGGGAGGAAAACGAUUAUGCCCCCAGGGGCUAGGACCACCUCCUUUGGUGGAUUCUGGGAAGUGUAUGGGGGAGGGGGGAGCAGUAAAGAGGGAAAGGAAGAAGAGAUGCUGUGGCUUCACUCUCUGUUGGAACCCAGGAUUUUGAGGUGGGAAGAUGGAAAAGUCAAUGGAGGAGGUCACAAAGGUCAGUUCUCUCCUCCCCCGUCAGGAGACUCCUGCUUGGCACAGCAUGUGCAUGUGCUGUACAUGAGCGCACAAGUGUUCGGGUGUGCGUGUCUGUGUUGGCUGGGGAUCCUGGGAAGGGGUCCAUGCACUCACCCAGCAUCCUCUGGGAUACUCAGGAGGGAAGCAGCUCAGGCCACUGCUCCCCAUUCAGGAGGAGCCCCGGGAGUCCUGGCUCCCAGCACAGCAGAAGGGGCAGCACUGAGCUGCGUGUGAGGGAGAAAAGAGCAGGGGGUGGGAAUUUAGACUACCUAAGAUCUGGGCAUGCCACUAACAAGCUCUGUGACCUUGGCCAAGUCACCACCUCUCUACCGCUGGUUUCCUGCCUAUCACAGAGGGUGGAAUUCCAUCAGAGUGCACCCAAGUGCAUGGUGUGUACAACCGAGAGCCCGUGGUGCUUUUAGGCAGCACAUGGUCAGUAUUAAGUAACAACGAAUCACUUUCUGUGAACGUUUUCAAGUCCUUUUCAAGUCUCGCUUAGGAACAUGGAUCUGGAGCAGAACUGCUUUGCUGCAAAGACCAGCUCCACUGCUUGCAAACUCAACGACCUUGGCCCUCACAUAUUUGUCUCAAUUUCCUCAUCUAUAAAAUGGGCAUCAUAAUAACACCCAUUCUGGAGCCAAUGUGAGGAUGAACUGAGCUGCUGUUUGUGACGUGCUUUGCACAGCGCCUGGCGUUCUACGAGUGUCAGCUAUUAGUCCACCCGGGAGAAAGCCUCACCAGGGGCCGGGGCAUCUCUAACGUCUGGCACAUGCUAAACUCUGUUACCAGGAGAGCAGGUGACACGAUCCCGCUGGGACUCAAUAGCAUCUUGUUCUCGCUUUAUUCUUCAGGCUUUCUUCUAUUUGCAAGUGAUACUGGCCUUCUAGUUACAAUCCUGAUAUGGAUAAAUUUUAAAUUUAAAACGUUUAAAGAAAGACUUUAAUACUAAGAAGGGGUGAUUUGAGGAUAUGACGAAGUUCUUUAAGGUGGUAUCCAGUGGCUGGAGUUUGACAAACCCUGGUAACCUCAUCAUUCCGAUCUUUGAGCUCAGACGGCAGGACAAAGGCCUCCGACCUCGGGCAAGGCUGGCACUCCCCCACCCGCCUUCGCUCUUCCUGCGCCUCUGUUUCCAGUCUCCUUUCUCGGUCUGACAGUAACUGCCACCUGCUCUCGCCUCUUGACCUGAUCAGACUCCCCUUUAAGUAACCAAGACCCCGCAGACCGCCAAAGCCACCCCUGGGUCCCCUGAGCCCAUCCUGGAAGGGACCUUGGCAGCAGAUUAAAAACGCCCCGCCACCCUUGAUCUCGGUCUCUUGGCCCUCGCCAGUGAGUUCCGUCCCCCCAGGGGCGGGGGAUCCUGUCGGCCCCGCCCUCUGACCCAUGGCCUGACCCUCCUCAAAAGCGCCCAGAGGCGACUCCGCGUCCCCUGUACGCGCCCCACCCCGGCGGGUCCAGCUCCGCCCCGUGGCAGGUUAAGAGCCUCCCCAGAGCCCGGAGCUUCGGACAGAUGGUGGCUCGUGGGCGGGCGAGCCGGUUUGGUUGGUUGUCAUGGCGAAGGCGCAGCUGGCCUGGGCCCUACGGGUGGCUGCAGGUGGGAGGCUGCGCGGGCCCCGAGGCACUGGGGGCGCCCGGAGGCUGAGCGGCAGCGCGCGGCGGCGGGCGGCCAGGAGCGCCAGCCCGGGGCGCUGGCUCAGCACGGCCUGGGCGCCGGCCCAGUCCUCCCGAGAGGAGACCGAGGGCGCCGAGGACGACGCCCAUUCGCCUGCAACGGAGGAGCCACCGUGGACACCGCCCCCCACGCCCCCCGAACCUCCCGGGCCCGCGGCCGGCCGCUCGCUGGUGCAACGGGACAUCCAGACUUUCCUGAACCAGUGCGGGGCCAGCCUGGGGGAGGCGCGCCACUGGCUCACGCAGUUCCAGACCUGCCACCCCUUCGCUAAGCCCUUCGCCGUCGUCGAGGUGGACGACGAGGUAAUCAAGUGCCGGCGGGCCGUACCCAGCCUGGCCUUCGCCCUGGCCUUCCUGCAACGCAUGGACAUGAAGCCGCUGGUGGUCCUGGGGCUGCCUGCUCCCACGGCGCCCUCAGGCUGUCUUUCCUUCUGGGAGGCCAAGGCACAGCUUUCCCAGAGCUGCAAGGUGCUGGUGGACGCACUGCGGCACAACGCCGCCACGGCCGUGCCUUUUUUUGGCGGCGGGUCGGUGCUGGGCGCCGCUGAGCCGGCCCCUCAUGCCAGUUAUGGUGGCGUAGUCUCCGUGGAGACGGACCUGCUACAGUGGUGCCUGGAGUCGGGCAGCAUCCCCAUCCUGUGCCCCAUCGGGGAGACAGCUGCGCGCCGCUCCGUGCUCCUCGACUCGCUGGAGGUGACCGCGGCGCUGGCCAAGGCGCUGCAGCCCACCAAAAUCAUCUUCCUCAAUAACACAGGGGGCCUGCGCGACAGCAGUCACAAGGUCCUGAGUAACGUGAACUUGCCCGCCGAUCUGGACCUGGUGACCAACGCCGAGUGGGUGAGCGCCAAAGAACGGCAGCAGAUGCGGCUCAUCGUGGACGUGCUCAGCCGCCUGCCCCACCACUCUUCGGCCGUCAUCACCGCCGCCGCCACUCUGCUCACCGAACUCUUCAGCAAUAAGGGGUCCGGGACCCUGUUCAAGAACGCCGAGCGGAUGCUGCGAGUGCGCAGCCUGGACAGCCUGGACCAAGGCCGCCUAGUGAACCUGGUCAACGCCAGCUUCGGCAAGAAGCUCCGGGACGACUACUUGGCCUCGCUGCGCCCACGGCUGCACUCUGUCUACGUCUCUGAGGGGUACAAUGCCGCCGCCAUUCUGACCACGGAGCCCGUACUGGGAGGCACCCAGUAUCUAGACAAGUUUGUGGUGAGCUCCAGCCGCCAGGGCCAAGGCUCCGGCCAGAUGUUGUGGGAGUGCCUGCGGCGGGACCAGCAGAGGCUUUUCUGGCGCUCGCGGGUCACCAACCCCAUCAAUCCCUGGUACUUCAAACACAGCGAUGGCAGCUUCUCCAACAAGCAGUGGAUCUUCUUCUGGUUUGGCCUGGCUGAUAUCCGGGACUCUUAUGAGCUGGUCAACCAUGCCAAGGGGCUGCCAGACUCCUUCUGCAAGCCAGCUUCUGACCCAGGCAGCUGACCCUCACCACCGGCCCUGCAGGCCCUAGGAAAGCCAGGGUGGACCGAAAGUCAUGCCUGCCGGAGGUGACCCCAGGCAGCCACAGGCUGGACCAUGCUUGAUGGCUGAAUGAUCUGCAGAGGAGGCAGCACCUACUCUACUCUGCCCAGAGGGGGUGCCCACGUAGGGCAAGCACAGGAAGGAGAAGGGCCUGCCCCAGACACCCCACUUGCUCCAAAGCCACGACCAGAAAGAUGGCUUCAAUUUUCAGUCUGCAGACUUGGGGGAGGAGGGCUUGCCUUUGAGGGCUCUACUCAGGGCUGACCUUAAGGGUGAACCAGUUCCUGUGGCCUCUGUGCUAUUCUGAGGCCCCUUUGCCCAAAAUAUCACCCCUGUCUGCCCAAUAUACCACCAGUCAUUUUAAUUCCUUUGGGUCUUGCAACUUUUCAGGAGGCCUUGAUUAAAAUGCAAAUACUUGUCUGAGA